UAUAAUCUAAUUUCCCACCACAAUCAAAACAUCAAUCUCCACCAGAAAUCUAAUUCAAACUGAAAAACCCGAAUUCGGAAUCUUGAAAGUGAGCAUAAGAAAAUGUCAGGAAGAGGGAAGGGAGGAAAGGGGUUAGGAAAGGGAGGAGCAAAGAGGCACAGGAAGGUUUUGAGGGAUAACAUCCAAGGUAUCACUAAACCCGCCAUUCGUCGUUUGGCGAGGCGAGGAGGAGUCAAGAGGAUCAGCGGCCUUAUUUACGAGGAAACUCGCGGUGUAUUGAAGAUAUUUUUGGAGAAUGUGAUUAGAGAUGCUGUUACUUACACUGAGCACGCUCGUCGUAAGACUGUUACUGCUAUGGAUGUUGUCUAUGCUCUUAAGAGGCAGGGCCGUACUCUCUACGGGUUUGGUGGUUAGACUUUAUUAUGUUUUAGGGUUUUAGAUUUCUACUUUGAGUUUCGAUGUAAUCUUUGAUUUGAUGGUUAAUGUGAAAUAUAUGGAUUAAAUAUUUGCUAAUUUGUAAUUUUAAUUGUGUUUUGAUUCUUUAUCUUAGUUAUUGCUGUUUGAAUUUGAUAUUGUUCCGGAAUUGAAAAAUAUUGAUGUUAUUAGAUCUAA